AUGAGUUCGAUACGGAAUACAGAAGGAGAAGGAUCAUCUUUUUAUGAUUACUAUGCUCAUACUAAAGGGAAGGUGAAAACACAUCAUGUAUUGUUAGUGUUUUUUAUUAUCACAGCCAUAGUUCUAUUUCACUUUAGACACAAGUUGGCAGCAGCGCACGAUAGAUAUAGGACUAGAAGACGAUCACGUUUUAGUAGACUUCCAUCCGAUGAGAAUGGCUUUGAAGAUGACUUGGAAAAUGGUCUUAGCAGUAGUACAUUUGAUAUAGGGGAGAAUAUUUCAAAUAAUGACCAAAGACAAGGAUUACUGCAAAACUCAAAGGAAGAAAUUAAAAGAAUUAUGGAAAAUAGUAAUUUAUCAUUUGAUCAGGCUAGAUACCAAUAUACUCAACAGCAGUUAAGUGAAAAUGGAGUAGGAAAGGAUGGCACUCCACUUGACCCUAAAACCGUAACAUUCAGCCAUCGUUGA